AUGGCCUUGCGCGCAACGCUAAUCAUCACCGCCGUGGCCGUGGCCGCUCUGCUGCCGUCCACGGUGUCCACGGCGGCGUCGUACAGGGUCGGCGACGACUCCGGCUGGGAAAUCGGGGUGGACUACGACGCCUGGGCCGCCGGCAAGAAGUUCGAAGUCGGCGACACGCUCGAGUUCCUGUACUCGGAGGCGUACCACAACGUGGUAGUGGUGGACGCGCAGAGCUACGCGUCGUGCGCCGUGCCGAGCAACGCGCCGACGAUGGCCUCCGGGGACGACCGCGUGGCGCUGCGGCGGGCCGGCCGGUGGUUCUUCAUCUGCGGCGUCGAGGGCCACUGCGACUCGGGGAUGAAGCUCGCCGUCGACGUCCACGGAUGA